UUUUUUUUAACUACAUCAUUUUAUCAUCUCUUUAGAAAACUACUUAAACUAUGCUUGAUACCAACAUCUAUGACUACCAAACCUUUGCUACGCAAGGAUUAAAGUCUUCCUUUGAUAGUCUCUUUCACUCUGUCUCCAGCUUCUCUUUCGGUCACGGUCCUCUAGGAGCUGAAGUGAAAUCUCUUAAGCAUAAAGUUAUAGAAAUGAAGAACACCAUUACAGAGUUAAAAGAAAUAAUUAAAGACAUGGCUGGUCACUCACGGGUUGCUGGUGAGAUAUUUUUAAAGAACGAAAUACCUCAUACAAUGCAAAUUCGGUUCCAAGGUAUGUCUGGUUGUACUGCUCAAGAAGGCAACACGGAAUUAAGAAACAUGCUCAGCAAUAUCUACACCGAGGAGAAGAAAAAGGCUAUUUUACAGAACCCUAAUCGUUUAGGCCAACGUGUUGAAGUUAAACCAUCAGGUCUAUCUGCAAAGAACGAGCUCAUUGAGGCCUCAAAGAUCUUUUUCAAAAGCCACAACAAUGUAUUGGACGGUAUUCCUGUUGAAAUGGAUGACUGCGAACUAGAACGUCAAUACGAUUUGACAUACACUGCGAUGAAAAAUUUCGUUUCUGUUUGCAUCAUUUCUCAGUUUACACUGUAUCCAGGUUUUACUUGGAUAAAGAUUGGGUUUAAAGAAAGGGAAUUGCUCGCAUUGAUUAAUGAUGAUCUUAUGUUCUCUUACCUUGGAGCUGAUAACUGCCUGCGUCUGUUUGCGUUUAUCAAAAGUUGGGGGGCUAAAACCCUUUUGGUUGCUACAAUCAGAACCCGUAUAAAGUCAAUUCUUAAGACGAAGAUCCAGCCUGACGCCUCGACGACAAACUGCAAUGAAAUAGAGGAGAGUGAAGACGAAUUAGCAAGAGAUGUCAAUACGAGUGUUUCUGCAAACAAAGGUGACAGUCUCGAGAUGUUUGACUGUUACGAGAGUGACGAGAGUGACGACAAUGAGGAUGAAGGGGAGGAAGAAAAAAGAAUGGCUAGAGAAAUUAAAGCUCUAGCCCAGAAAACUAGAGAGUGUGAGUUUGCUUUGGAGCAGGCUAGACUACGUAGAAGUGUCACUUCUAGUAAGAACAAUAAGGGUCCUGUUGCCAGGAAUCCGCGUAAACAACAAAAUUUAUCCGCCUCAAUUCAUCCCUCCGUCGUUACUCCAACCACUAGAAAGUACAUAUAG